AUGAUAAGAGUUAUUCAAUUUUUUAUCACAGCCAUUUCAAAAUUGAAUAAUGGGAUCACUGAUACCUUGUGUUAUAUACCUAUUAGCAUGCCUUCUUUAUUCUUGAUAAUAUUAAGUGGAGACAAUUCAUUCUUCUCAUUCGUGACAUGUUUGAGAUCUAUUGCUGACACUCUAUAUGUAGGUGUUUAGACUGCGAGGUGA